CAGUGCGCCCGAGUCGUGCUGGCGGCUUUAGCCCCGUCUGCGGAGGUUUUCUCUCGCCGGCAAACGCGCGCGCCAGUGCAAGGCUGUCCGAAGCGUGGAGCGGUCCAGCAGUUUCCCGGGGCCCGACGUUUGCGCGUUUUUCAGUUUUUCUUUAUUUGGAGUUUCUUUCUUUUUUUUUUUUCUUCUCGUCUCGACGCGGUGGAACCGGGACGAGCAGGUGGCCGACGUGCGCGAAGACGAGGGACCCUUGUGCCCGCCAUGCGCCCGGCGACGGAGUGAGAGGACCUGGUGCGUGCGCGCGUCGCGUGUGUCUCCACGUCUCUUCGGCGGUGCGGCCCGGCCGGCGCCCGCGGCGGGACUGGGACCUCAUCCUCGUCGUCGGGAGGGAUGGUACCGCACCCCGCCGACGUGAUUCCACGACGGGAACCGGUGCCGCAGCUCCGCUGACCGCGAAAACGAUCCCCCCACCCCUUUCCCCCACCACCUACCACACCACCCCGGCUCACACUCUUCCCUUCCCUGCGCCCCGGCCCCUGCGUCCCGCCGCCGAUUGCGCGAGGCGAGUGCGCGAGUGAGGCUGGACUAUCCCCGGCGACCUGGGGGGGUUUGUCCCGCCGAGAGCUAGAACCUGAAAACGGCGCAAGCGAGUUUCCUUCCCUUGUCAUCCCUCCCUCUUCCACUGCACCUCCUCCGCAACCAUUUUUUUUUUAGGCCUCCCCCUCCGUCGCUAGAUUCAACCUUGCCCCCCCUCCUCUAAAACAACUACAAACUACCUUGUCGCCCAACCAACCCUUCUUCCCCCCCCCCUUUCCACUGCACCUUCACCCCUUGUUUUACGGGACAGAGAGAAAAACAGGUUCGUCAUCAUAAUAAUAAUCGCGGCGUGGUGGUAGUGGUGGUGUUUGUUUUUGCGGGACUGUGCGAUAUUCCGGUUACCACCUGCCCACACGGGACUGAAACAAAACAAAAAAAAAAAAACACGCCAGACGAGGAAUACGUCAUUACCUUUUUCUUCCCCUUCCCCUCGUCAUAAAACCGGAAAUUCCUAGACCACUCACUGGCCCCUUUGGCGCACCGGAUACCCCCCGCAGGGACUUACUACGUCGUUCGUUUCCUGCUUACGUCUAAACUCCACCCCCCCCUCCUCUCAAUUCAUGAGGACGGACUGCUUACGCCCGCGCGGUUGAACCCGUGAACCGUUUCCUCCAGAACUGAAAUAAAAAUAAAAUGAUGGCGAACAGGGAGAUGGACGACGCCGCCAGACAGGCUCCAGAGGACGAGUCGUCCCAAAUGUCGCCUCAGCCGCCGACGGCGUCUCCGGCGCCCUCCCCCGACCCUUCUUCGUCGCCGCGCAGCCCCCCGGUGAUGCUCGCCACCAUGACGCCCGUCAGCGUGGUCGGCCUGCAGCAGAAGGACUUCGACGACGACGACGACGACGACGUCGACGACGUCGACGCCAAAGACCCGCCCAUGUACGACGACGACGAAGACGACGAAGAUCCGAUGCUGCACGGCGGCCGAGCGGCGGUGGACCUGAAGCUGUUCCAGCAGCCGCAGCGCCGGGGAGGGGAGGAGGCGCAGAUGCAGAUGAUGCAGAUGCAGAUGGCGGAGCAGCAGCCGUCGCCGGCGACGACGACGACGACGACGACGGUGUCGGUGGUGGUUCAGCAGCCGGGGACCCUGCUGGGGCAGGCGUACGGCCAGCAGGCGGGCACGACCGUGCUGGUUCUGUCAGAGCUGGUGGACGACAUGCCUCAAGUCAUCGGGCUCAGGUAACUUUCUUUGUCUGACAUCCUGGGUGCUGAGAAUAGUG